GAUCAUCUGUAUAACCUCGUUUAAAAGUACACUUCGUAAUUUGAGGCGGUCAACACUAAAAACUGACGCAGGAUGACCACUGAAAAUGGUGAGAUUCGCCGUCCAACUAUUGCUGAUCGUGAGGAUGAAUAUCGUUCGCGUCGUCGAUUGCUGAUGAUUUCUCCAGCAAGAGUAGACCCGUUCGCUGACGGUAUGUAUACAAACAGCGUUUUUAUUGUUUAUCAGCAUUUAUCCUUAAGUUAUUACCCCAUCUAAGAACGAAUUUUUCUUUUUUGUAUAGCGAUGUGGUGUCCAGCGGGGCUUAUUUUUUGUGUAAGGUUAGGGCGUUUGGUAAGUGCAUAUGAUUAGGUGAUUGUUUAGUUCUUAUACAUUCUACGCAAUCCAAACUCUUUUACAGCGAUUUCGCAUCAUUCAACCUUGAAGCAAUCUCUUGGUUCGGAAACGAUGGCCCGGGAUAAACCCAUCACGUGCGUCAUUUUUUUUAUGAUGUUAAAUUAUUUGUAUAGUUCUCUAAUGCCUAAUUUGUCUUUGCUUCUUUUUAUUUAUAUUUAUUUCUGCGCACCACUGACAAAUAAUUUGAUGAAUUGGCGUUUGUAGGCGACCAAACACCGGAUCACCGUCUAUCAACGUACAAAGAUAUCAUGCUUAAUCAGCAACUCACCAAGGAACAACGAGCAUUGCAGGCAGAGAUAGCCGAAAGAGGUAAGACUGGGACGCUACGAAUGGACUCAGAAGUUCCCACGAAAAGACGUAGAUGGGAUCAGCCUACCACAGAUGUCAACGGGACUAAGAAUGACGCACCAACUCCUGCUGCUACUCCAUCAACUCCUUCGAAGCGUUGGGGAGAUGACGCACUCACUCCUUCACGUCCACCCUCUACACUUACAGGAGCCUCAACCCCUGGAAGCCGGUCACAGUGGGAUGACACUCCCGGGAGAGCAAAAGACCCUGGCGCAACCCCUGGACAAAGCGUUAGGCAAUGGUCAGAAACUCCCCACUUUGCAGCCACUCCAGGUCGAGAAACAGGAAGUUCUGCAUUUGGUGUAAGUAUUGAGACCGGUGAAUUUCAUGCCGCUAACUAAUUCCUCGUGCUAAUACUUUUAAUUUUUUCCCGUUCUAGGGGACACCUAGUGCUAGACGUAACCGUUGGGACGAAACUCCUCACACUGAAAGGUAUGGUGCCGAUACACCAGGUCAUGGUGCUGGAUGGGCAGAAACCCCCAGAGCUGAUCGAACUCCUGGCGGUGUAGAGUCAAUUCAAGACACACCAUCUUCAAUGGUUUAUGGACCAGGCUCCACUCCAUCAAGCAUUGCUGCUGCGGCCGCACUUGCCGUUAAGCGCAGAUCUAGAUGGGACGAAACUCCACUAAAAGCAGGAUCAACUCCAGGUGGUUUAACACCAUCUCAGGUUAGUAGCGGUAAUGUAUUUCGUCUGUAGACUUCAUAUUAGUGCAACAAAUGAUUUUAUUUUUACCGUGUACCUUUUCAUGUUAAAAAUUUCGAAUUUAGUGUAGAGCCGCUGACCUUAACAAACAAAUAACCUUUUAGUAUAAUCCAGCUAGCUAAGAGCUUUGGCAAGCAAAAAUAUCUGCCAACAAUAAUUUAGUGCUGACUUGUCGCUGAUAACUAAAAAUAUUUCAAUAUUAGCAACAAAUUUAUUCAGUAGUACCAAACAAUAAGCAUUUAAAUAUCGUGUACGGUACUCCCUGAAUUUAUCAAGUCAGCCCAUCAAAUAAACAUUUCUGUAGACUUCAAGACAUAUCUAACAAAUCCUAAAAUGUUGAUUGCCAAGAUUAAACAAAGUAAAGAAUUAGUUGAAUGAUUUUCAAACUAUUUAAAACAACGACCUACUAAAUUAUCCUUGAAUAUUUGGGAAUGUAUCAGCUAUGCAUGUUAUUGCUUUCUUGUUUCGUGUCCAUGAUUUCGUUAGGUUUUCGGUCCUAAGUACUCACAGCACCUGUAGGUUGCAGUUUUCAAGAGCACCUUAGUGAUUUUUUAUUUUAUUAUGAUAUAAAGGGUGUAUCAUCGUAGCAUUCACUGUUUCGAGUUGCCAAAAACGUACUGAUAAAAGUCGGUUAGGGAUAAAACACUGGCGUGUUGUAUAAGUUAAUAAAACAGCGUGGUCCAUAAGUUGGUCUUCUGAACUUCAACGAUCAUCUAUAUGUCAUUUCUCUCUCAGCAUGUCGCAGAAACUAGACAAAGCCGAUGCACAUAUAUGAUUUAGAUCCCUAUAAUAGGUGUCAUCGUUCUUUAUGGUUUUGAUUUUUAGACUCCGGGCAGCUUCACACCGUCAAGUGCUAUGGGUGGGAUAACACCAGGAGCAACUCCUGGAGGCUUCAAUGCGGCCAGUGCUUUCACUCCUUCCGGAACUACUCCAACAGGUUUACGGGCUAUGGCUAUGGCCACACCAAAUUUCGGGUCUGCUGCCAUAACAAUACCAGGAGCAGGAAUCCCAAUGACUCCCGAACAAUUACAAGUAUAUGCUUGGCAGAAGGAGAUCGAUGAUCGAAACAGACCUCUAACUGAUGAGGAUUUAGAUGAGUUGCUGCCUCCAGGUACGAGUUGUUCGGUUUUACUAAGUUAUUCACUGAAUUUCAACUAUUUCUUUCACCAAUCUUGUGUUAGUUUGAAAAUAUGAACUUAUUUGUUGCAGAUAAAACUUACUAACUUCCUGAGUCCAUCAUCUCUACCAUGCCAAGUAUAUUUAAGCAACAUAUAACAAGUUAUCAUAUUUCAGACAAAAAAUAAAGUAAAUGUGAGCUUUUAAAUAGCUAACUGCUACUUUCACACUAUGUUGGGUUUUCUAACAUAAACCUUUAAUUGUUUAUCAUUGGUUAGACGACAGUCCAACGAUUGUUUCUGUUUCUAAACAUCAUUCGCGGUGGCCUACACAUCCUUUAGUUCAUGUUCACUAAUCUCAUACUGUGCAUUCUUCGAUAAACAAUAAUGAACGGUUUAUGACAUGGUUAAAAAUAAGGGGGAGUUCUGUCAUCUCUACAUUUUGACUAGAUGGAAUUCUAAAGGUUAUGCGUGUCAUCAUAUGUCUCAGGAUAAAGGCUGUUAGGAUUCGUGCUGUUGUGUUUAUUGUAUUGAGUGUAAAUAAAAUCGCGUUUUUACCCCAACUUUCUCAUUACCUGUUGUUUUUUUAAGGGUUUUGUGAUUUGUUCGCAAUGUCAUCUUUUCGCUCUGUGCGGGGCAUAUUUGGUGGUGCUUCAUUAUAAAAAAAUAUUCCUCCCAAAUAAUUAUGCCAAAUAACGACGCCCUUUGUUAGUUGGCGGGUCAGUACUUAAAACAUCCCUACCAUUUUAUUCGGUGCACACUUACAAGUUUGUUUAUAUAUUUGACUUCCUCGAAUGACUGCCUUUAUUUUUACGCCAGUCACCUGCGAUUCCGAUAGAUCGCGGAUUUUUAAUUUCUUUUUAUCGUAUAUGAAGUCAAGACCAAACCUAUCCAGUCUGUCGGCUAUUAAUGUUAUUCGUUUCAGCGAAAUGUAUCAUUUCAGUUAGCUUCACGACCAGGGAUAGUCUCAUGUCUGCAUUUCAUGGAAAAUGAGAUCUUUACUGCUGUUAACUAACCAACAUCAAUAACAAUCAAGUUGUCAUUUUUUCUGCUACAGUUGCACACAUAACUGUUGGGUUAUAAGAUCAUGCCACCGCCCGCCGGUUACGUCCCAAUAAGGACUCCUGCUCAUCGAUUGGUAGCAACACCAACUCCAAUGAUUGGAGGGACUCCAAUGGGCUUUAGAAUCGGCACACCUGAUAUUGGAACAACAGCUGGGUUUGGUAUGAAUGCAACUGGAGGUAAUGCUGCGGCUCUUGGUGACAUGCAACCGAAAGGAGCUAAUUUACCCAUGAUGAGACCUGAUGAUCUACAGUAUUUUGAUAAACUGCUACAAGAUGUCGAUGAGGACAGUCUUCCACCCGAGGAGGCACGUGAAAGAAAGAUAAUGACAUUUUUACUCAAGAUAAAAAAUGGUACUCCUCCAAUGCGUAAGUCAGCCCUAAGGCAAAUCACUGAGAAAGCAAGGGAAUUCGGUGCAGGACCUCUGUUCAAACAAAUAUUACCCCUUCUGAUGUCUCCUACAUUAGAAGAUCAAGAACGCCAUUUGUUAGUGAAGGUCAUCGAUCGUAUUUUGUAUAAACUGGACGAUCUUGUCCGCCCUUUUGUGCACAAAAUUUUGGUUGUUAUUGAACCUCUACUUAUUGAUGAAGAUUAUUACGCUCGUGUCGAGGGGCGUGAAAUAAUAUCUAAUCUCGCAAAAGCUGCCGGACUCGCUACUAUGAUUUCUACUAUGCGUCCCGAUAUUGAUAAUAUGGAUGAAUAUGUGCGUAAUACAACUGCAAGAGCGUUUGCUGUCGUUGCAUCAGCUCUAGGAAUCCCUAGUUUGUUGCCAUUUUUAAAAGCCGUUUGCAAAUCUAAAAAAUCUUGGCAAGCUAGACAUACUGGCAUCAAGAUUGUUCAACAAAUAUCCAUCCUUAUGGGUUGUGCAAUUCUACCGCAUUUACGAUCUUUAGUGGAAAUUAUUGAACACGGGUUAGUUGAUGAACAACAAAAAGUUCGCACCAUUACAGCAUUAGCUUUGGCCGCUCUUGCUGAAGCAGCCACUCCUUAUGGCAUAGAAUCAUUUGACUCAGUUUUGGAACCUUUGUGGCGUGGUAUAAGAACUCAUCGAGGCAAAGGUUUAGCCGCUUUCCUAAAAGCUAUUGGCUACCUCAUCCCCCUAAUGGAUGCAGAGUAUGCCAAUUAUUAUACACGUGAAGUUAUGUUAAUUUUAAUCCGUGAGUUUCAGUCUCCUGAUGAAGAAAUGAAAAAAAUUGUUCUUAAAGUAGUCAAGCAGUGCUGUGCAACAGACGGUGUCGAACCUGAUUAUAUUAAGUCGGAAAUUCUACCACCGUUUUUCCGUAGCUUUUGGACACAACGUAUGGCUCUAGAUCGGCGCAAUUACAGACAGCUGGUUGAUACAACUGUGGAAAUAGCAAAUAAAGUCGGUGCAGCUGAUAUCAUCUCUAGAAUUGUAGAUGACCUCAAAGAUGAGUCCGAACCUUAUCGUAAAAUGGUGAUGGAGACUAUCGAAAAAGUUAUGUCUGCACUAGGAAGCACAGAAGUUGAUGCUCGACUUGAAGAGCAAUUAAUCGAUGGUAUAUUAUAUGCUUUCCAGGAACAAAGUACCGAAGACGCUGUCAUGUUGAUUGGUUUUGGAACUAUUGUACAAUCACUUGGUAAACGUGUUAAGCCGUACUUGCCCCAAAUAUGUGGUACAAUCUUAUGGCGUCUUAAUAACAAAUCGGCUAAAGUUCGUCAGCAGGCAGCCGACCUUAUUAGUCGUAUCGCUGGUGUAAUGAAAGUGUGUCAAGAAGAAAAACUAAUGGGUCAUUUGGGUGUAGUUUUAUAUGAAUACCUUGGUGAAGAAUAUCCAGAAGUACUUGGAAGUAUUUUGGGUGCCCUUAAGGCUAUUGUAAAUGUAAUUGGUAUGACCAAAAUGACUCCUCCAAUUAAAGAACUUCUGCCAAGAUUGACACCAAUAUUGAAAAACAGGCAUGAAAAAGUAGAAGAAAACUGUAUCGAUCUUGUUGGACGAAUAGCAGACCGUGGGUCGGAGUAUGUCUCUUCUAGAGAAUGGAUGCGUAUCUGCUUUGAACUCUUGGAAUUAUUAAAAGCACAUAAAAAAUCAAUUCGACGAGCAACUGUCAACACUUUUGGUUAUAUUGCCAAAGCAAUCGGUCCACAUGAUGUUUUAGCGACUCUGUUAAAUAAUUUAAAGGUUCAAGAGCGUCAAAAUCGUGUUUGCACAACUGUUGCCAUUGCUAUUGUUGCAGAGACAUGUAGUCCAUUUACUGUUUUACCUGGUCUUAUGAAUGAAUAUAGGGUCCCUGAACUAAAUGUUCAAAAUGGUGUUUUAAAAUCACUGGCUUUCAUGUUCGAGUAUAUUGGUGAAAUGAGCAAAGACUACAUAUAUGCCGUAACUCCUCUGUUAGAAGAUGCACUAAUGGACCGGUAACUAAAAAUUCCUUAAUAUACUCUUUUUCUAUGCGGUUUGCUAACCUAAUGUAUUUUUUCUUUUAGUGAUCUUGUGCACAGACAAACUGCAAUGACUGCAGUAGCUCAUAUGGCUCUUGGUGUAUAUGGGUUUGGGUGUGAAGAUGCUCUUCUGCAUCUCCUGAACGUCGUUUGGCCUAAUGUCUUGGAAACUUCACCACAUGUCAUUCAGGCUUUCAUGUUUUGCAUUGAAGGUCUCCGUGUUGCACUUGGUCCUAACAAAGUACUUCAGUAUUGUCUUCAAGGCUUAUUCCAUCCUGCUAGGAAAGUGAGAGAUAUGAUGUGGAAAGUGUACAAUACUAUUUACAUUGGUAAUCAAGAUGGCUUAGUUUAUGGUUUCCCACGUAUUCCUGACGAACAAGAUCACACUUAUAUCCGACAUGAAUUGUCUUAUAUUUUGUGAAAAUGUAUUUGCCAGUAUGAUCACAAUCCUAUUUACUUCUUAUUUUCACUCCCAGACUUUUAUGUUUUGUUACUAUUGCAUUCUUGUCCUUCAAAUAAGUUCCUGAUAUCAGGAUCUAUUAACUCCUACGGUUUUACACAUCGUUGUGGUCUUGUAUUUAAACUAAUUUUUUUCGGAUUAAUAAAUCAGUUAAAUU